UUCGCUCACACAGCCAAAAGAAAAUUCGUCUAGUCCAGCUUACAGCCAAAAUGUCGUCCGAUACACAUCCCGAGUCUAACGUCAACCAUCAUAGCACUGGCUUCCUAGAUCUGGAAUGUGCGACCAAAAUAUAUCCAUACCAGGGAAUACGACAAUUCUGGAAUAUUAGGGAAAUGGAGUGGCGCAAGCUAGAGGAGAAUAUAUAAGAUAGCGAAUGGGUGUUAUUUACUGAUGUGGACAAGGAGACAUUCACCCGUGACUUCCUUAACUCUUCCGACAACAUCAUCCUCCGCAGCUGGAAUUCAUACGACAAAGCUAAACACUUCUUACUGAUCAAGAUGCCUACCUCAUUGGCUCAUGAAGCUGCAGCGUCCGAAUUUGCAGAAAUCUUUCUCGAAGUCCUCCGGCCAAUGGGCCUUUACGAUAAGCUCUAUAAAUGGGGAAGCGCAACUCGCUACAACGACAAAGAUUACCCUCGAUACUGGCCCACGGUGGUGCUGGAAGUGGCAUUGACUGAGCCACCAUCCAAGCUCAUGUCAGACAUUCGAUACUGGCUUGGCCAGUCCUCCCGCAGUGUUGAAGUGGUAGUAACGCUCCAAAUCAAUCGAAACAUGCGCGAAAUUAUCCUACAGAACUGGCAGUCUGCCAACAGCCGUCCACACAGAAUACAACAAGUGACUGUUUACAAAGGCUCUAACGAUACAAUAAAAGUCGACGAUGGCCCCCUUGUCAUUGACUUCGAAAAGCUGUUCCUCCAUCCGCCAGGCACACCACAAGAAAAAAAAAACAUUGGACUGGGAGAUGGCGAGCUGCAAUAUCUUGCGACUUCAAUAUGGACAGCACAGAACCUCGAUCAGGAAGAUGAUGAAUGA